CCCACGCACACACUCACAUACACACACACUCACGCACCCACACACACACACUGAUGAGCCAGCUCACGGGCAGAGCUGCAAAAUGUACAUGUGGUUCACCGUGCUGGCCGGACUGGCUCUGCUAUCCCUGCCGGUCAUCACAACACUUUUCCCGUACUGGGCCGCGGACCUGACGUACAUCCUGCGGAGCCUCAGACUCGGCGUCCGGCUCAUCAAGUACAAGAAGAGCAAGAGUUUCUACAGCAUUCUGGACUGCUUCUUGGACGCGGCCAAGAGACACCCGGAUAAAAUCUUCCUGCGCUUCGAGGGCCGGGACUUUUCUUACGGAGAUGUGGACCAGCGGAGCAACAAGGUGGCCCGAGCCCUGCAGGCGGCCGCCCGGCUGCAGGAGGGGGACGCGGUGGCCCUGUUUCUCCCCAACGAGCCCAGCUUCGUGUGGAUCUGGCUCGGCUUGUCCAAACUGGGGUGUCCCUCAGCCCUGCUGAACUUCAACAUCCGGUCCAGGUCCCUGCUGCACUGCUUCUCCUGCUCCGGGGCCAAGGUCAUCAUCACGUCCCCAGAGCUGCAGGACGCUGUGGAGGAGGUUCUACCGACACUCAGGGAGCAGGGGAUCAGUGUCUAUAUCCUGUCGGACAGCUGCAGUGUCCAGGGCAUACAGUCUUUGUCUGACAAGAUCUCCAAGGCCUCAGAUCAGCCUCUGUCCCGGGACCUCAGAGCCAAUAUCAAUAUCAAGAGCACCGCUCUGUACAUCUACACGUCAGGCACCACAGGUUCCCCAAAAGCAGCGGUUGUCACCCAUGAGAGGGUUUGGGCCGCCUCCUUCAUCCAGGCAGCGUGCGGGAUCACCGCAGACGACAUCUUCUACAUCAAUCUUCCUCUGUAUCACAGCGCGGGCUUCCUCAUCGGGCUGUCAGGAGCCAUUGAGAGAGGUAUGACCGUGGUUCUGAAGAGGAAGUUCUCUGCCUCUCAGUUCUGGGACGACUGCAGGAAAUACAACGUGACGGUGGUGCAGUACAUCGGUGAAACCAUGCGCUACCUCUGCAACACGCCCAAGAGGGGCAACGACAAGAGCCACAAAGUGAAGAUGGCCAUCGGGAACGGAGUCCGGGAGGACAUUUGGUCGGAGUUCCUGAAUCGCUUCGGUGCCAUUCAAGUCCGAGAGUUGUACGCUGCCACAGAGGGAAACAUCGGCUUCAUUAACUACACAUCCAAGAUUGGAGCGGUGGGGCGACUCAACUUUGUCCACAGGUUAUUCUUCCCCUACACUUUGAUCAAGUUUGACAUUGAGAACGAGGAGCCUGUCAGAAACUCGGAGGGUCUGUGCAUCGAAGCAGCCAGAGGGGAGACCGGACUUUUGGUGGGAAAGAUAACUAAGCGGUCUCCCUUCAUUGGAUACGCUGGUAACCAGAAACAGAACGAGAAGAAGAGGCUCCACAACGUGAUGAAAAAGGGCGACAUGUACUUCAACACGGGGGAUCUGCUCCGGUUUGACCACGAGAACUUUGUGUACUUCAUGGACCGAGUCGGUGACACUUUCAGAUGGAAAGGAGAGAACGUUGCCACAUCAGAGGUCGCAGACAAUCUCACAAAGGCUCAUUGCAUUUUCGAGGCAAACGUCUACGGUGUUGAAGUUAAAGGUCAUGAAGGUCGAAUCGGCAUGGCAGCUAUCACUCUGAAGGAAGGAGAAGAUUUCGACUGCUCCGACGUCUACAAGCAGGUGGUCGACAACCUCCCAGGAUACGCCAGACCUCGAUUCAUCAGAAUUCAGCCCUGCCUGGAGAUGACGGGGACGUUCAAGAUGAGGAAAGUGAGGUUGGUGCAGGAAGGAUUCGACCCGGCUCAGAUCGAAGAUCGUCUGUACUUCCUGGAUCCUGAGAGAAAGAGCUACGUCCCGCUGACGGAGGAGAUCAACCGAGCGAUAGCGUCGAAGGAAAUCAAACUCUAAUGCGAACGUGACCCGUCGCCGUUAACAAAAGAUUUAACAGUUUACUCUUGGACCUUUAUCGCGAUCAUCUAAUCUCAGGGGCUGACUUUGAAACGUCACGUCAUCAUUGUCAUAAUGUGAAGAGACACUUUUCUUUUUAAAUUAACUCAACUACGGUUCAUCUCUGUAUGUAAAUGUCUUCCACGACAGGGAAUUUAUUUACUAUUAUCUCAAGCUUUUUGCAUCAGCCUGAGGACACACUAAUAUUUAAAAAACUAUUUUAGAUAAGCUAUUUUGAUUUCUUAAACUUACUUAUAUCAGAUAUUUUCAGUGGGGGUUUAUCAGUGUACCUUUGUACUGAUGUUACAAACAGCAACAAUCAUUCCUCUGUCAGAUUGUGCGAUUGUGUGAUUAGUAGCUCAAACUGUCAACCUUCACUUGUAUCAUGAAAGUCUGGGUCUUUUCUUUCUGUUGUUAAUCUAUAAGCUGCUGCUGCUGUGCUGCUGUAAGCACACAUGUGAACAGAGCAGCUGGAGGACAGUGACUGACCCACACGACCUUUCAGACAAAACUACACUCAGACUUUGUCACGAGCCUGGUCACACGGCCAACACUUUCCUUUUUUGGUUGUCGGACACUGAAUUUAACAUCACUUAAAAAUGACUUUUGCUUUUUUGUUUCUUCACUUGUUUCUCUGUGUUUGUUAGUUAGCAGGAUUACACAAUAUCUACUAGACAGAGUACCAUGAAACCUGGUGGACGGAUGAGGUAUGGGUCAUUUCCACUGAUUUCCUAGGGAACAAUUAAUCUUGAUGAAAACAAUCAGGUUUAUUCAGUGAACAAUCAUCUAGGAGUGUGUGGAAUUCUCUCUCAGCUUGAUUGAAUAAAGGGACUGUUGGGCCUUGGCGGACGCAUGUGCUCUGCUGAGUUUGUGACUGGAACAGCCGAUGUCUCAGUAGCUCAUAUAUUAGUGAUUUUGUCCGUUCAUUAAACUUUUGAUUCAGGAAAGACUUGUAUUGUUACAUUGUGAAUUAUAGUUUAAAUGAAAUAACUGAAAUUUUUUGGUUCAAAACCCAUUUAUUAAAGAAAGGAACACAUUUUUCAUUCCACAUUGCCACUGAACAGGAUGAGGUUAUUUAAAAAAGGACACAAGGAAAGUUGUUUUUACAGAAGAGAAGUUGUGGUCAGGAAACCGAUGGGACGCCUCAUGUUUCAACGAAGAUCGUCUGCGUUGGAUUUCAGUUUUGCUCAUUUCACUAAAUGCACAUGUUGAAUGUUUUAAUGAAGCAGCCGUGAACGGUAAAAAAACGUAAAUCAGUCGCUGCAAACUGUUGAUACAGUCGGCAACUUCAGAACCCACAGAGGAAUCCUUUAUGGAAUUUGGCAAAAAAAAACUUCUGGGUGUGCUACUAUGUAAAACAUCUGGGGCUGUGCACACACACACGCACACACACAUACACAUUGAGCACACUCUUGACUGAGCCAAACCUUUCGAUCUAGGCGUCCAGGCUCAGGAGUGAUUUAGGAAACUCCUCUGACUGUUUUCGUUUAGGGAGGGGGUGUGGUCAGGUCUGUUGCUAGGUGUGACACAUUCUUCUUAAAGGUGUGAUUGGCCGAUCAAGCAAUGUAAGAAACUUUGUAAUAAUGGGCAGUGAAUGUGAAUAAUCAUUGUGUCAUCAUGAAUAGUGUCAUGUAUUUAAUGAACAUUUGUGUUGAAUAUAUUAAAAGGUUCAGGGGA